AUGCAUAUCACCGCCACCCCUCAGCUCACUUUCGACGAGAUCGACGACCUCCUGUACUUCACCCGCGUCAACGAAGUCCAAGACCUGCAACAAACCAUCACAGAACUGAUCCAAAAAUAUCAAUGCGAAGCCAAAGACGUCCUAUCAGCAGCCAUAGACCCAGAAAGCGGCAACACAGUCCUCCACUUCUGCUCCGCAAACGGCUUCACCGAACUUCUCCGGUCCUUCUUGUCGCAAAAUGUCCCAUCCUUGGUGAACCAUGGCAACAACGAAGGCAACACACCACUGCACUGGGCAGCCUAUAAUGGACAUCUUGCAAUUGUGAAGCUUCUCGUGGAGAACGGAGCGGAUAUGUGGGCGAAGAAUAAGGCUGGGCACUUGGCCAUGUUUGAGGCUGAGCGAGCGGAUAAGAGCGAAGUUGUGCAGUACUUGUUGGUGGCAGGCGGGAAAGAGGUGGAACAAGGUGGCACGGAAGGACAGCCUUCUGAAGAAGAUGUGGCGGACGUGCAAGAGGGUGAAGCAAGCGGCAGCGUGCAGGCUGGUACAGGCGAAGAUAUCGAAAUGGGAGAAUCGAGCUCUAAGACUUGA